UUAUAUAGAUAUACAUUGAAUCACUUAGUUACUAUAAUAAUAAGAAGCUUCAGACACUGUUUAUUAAUUAGAUUGACGUACACAUAGCCUCAAGUUAAUUUUAUUAACAGAGACAAGUUCAGAUACUAAAAGAAAUACUGGUAAUCGAUGCUGUUAAGAAAGGUAAUAUCACAGAAAUUUUCUGUAAAGCUAUUCUUUUUCGUAUCGUUUGGAUCGAUUAUGGCUUCGAGCGAAAACAAGUCAAUAACAGUUACACAAUGGGGAUCUAUCAACGGACGAACCAUAGAUAAGUACACACUGAAGAACAAUGCGAAUCAAGCAGUGGAUAUUAUAACAUACGGUGCGACAAUAACCUCGAUCAGAACACCGGACAAACAGGGUAGCAUAGCAGACGUUGUCCUAGGUUUCGAUAAAAUUGAAGGCUAUCUAUCUACGAGCAAUCCCUAUUUUGGCGCGACGGUAGGACGAGUUGCCAAUCGUAUUGGCAAGGCGGAAUUUAUAGUGAACGGAAAAAAGUAUCGCGUAUCAAAUAAUGCAGGAAGGAACACUCUUCACGGUGGUUUCAAGGGCUGGAGUUCGAAAAUAUGGAACGCUGCAAUUCAGGACGAUUUGCUCGUGAUGACGCUAUUGAGCGAAGACGGCGAUGAAGGUUUCCCGGGUGCUGCUAUAGCUUCGAUCAGUUUCAAAUUAACCACCGACGGAGGGCUGCGCAUCGAUAUGAAAGUUUUCGUUACAAAAGCCACACCAAUCAAUUUAACCAAUCACAGUUACUUCAAUCUAGCUGGCCAUGGAGGCAACUCUACCGAACUGUACAAACAUCAAAUCACGGUGAAUGCGGAUCGUUGGACGGUCACCGAUUCGGAAAGCAUUCCAACUGGCGAAAUUCAAUCGGUUGAGAAUACAAUCAUGAAUUUGAGAACUUUGACUAUGUUGGGAGAUGUCAUCGACAAAGUGCCGCGUGGCGGUUACGAUGAUAAUUUUUGUUUACCGAUGAACACUGUGAAUGAGACACAGUUUGUCGCUAAAGCCAUACACCCAUCAUCCGGAAGGUAUUUGGAGGUUUAUUCCAAUCAACCUGGUGUACAAUUUUACACUGCAAAUUUCCUACCCCAUCAAGAUGACAUAGGUAUUGUAGGAAAGAAUGGAACCGAAUAUUUUAAGCAUGGAGCAUUCUGUUUAGAAACACAGAAUUAUCCAGAUGCUGUCAAUCAUGAAAACUUUCCAAAUAGUAUACUUGAACCUGGGGAACACUAUCGCCAUAUUGUUAUUUAUAAAUUUGGUGUACUAAUCUAGACAACCUAUGCAUAUUCUUGCAUACUAACUUGACACUGAGUUUUGCACCAACUAUAUUGUAAUAACUUGAUGUAAUCUACAUUAACCUACGACAAAGGUUAAAAUAAAAUUUAUAUAAUGUUAUCUUGUCUUAAACUGUGCCUCGAAAC